AUGGAAGUCACCUUCAUCCCUGAACUUUAUUCGAUCUCUCUUAACGACGACAGAAAUCCAACUGAUGAUGCUUCCUUCUCAACUCUCACAUCCUCUCCAGGCCUAUUAGGCAUAAAUAUCUUUCAUUCUUGCAAGGGAUUACUAUGUUGUGCUACCUAUAAUGAAAACAAGCUUGAUAAUGACUACCAUGUCUAUAAUCCUACUACAAAGCAAUUCAUUACUCUACCUCAGCCUGUUGAGGGAGUUGAAGGAGAUGUUUAUGGUUUGUGUUUAGCUUUUGAUCCAUCAAAGUCAGCUCACUACAAAGUUGUUUGUGUUUGGACCACUCCUUUGUCUGACUAUUUCCAGAUUGAAAUCUACUCAUCUGAGACAGGCCAAUGGAGGAUUUCUGGUGAACCUUUUUACACAGAGGAUACACUAUUUGGCUAUGGGGUCUAUUGGAAUGGUUCUAUUAACUGGAUCAACAUAUGGGAAGAUUCACUGUAUUUCAAUGUUGAUGAAGAGCGCCUUGGAAAAAUUCCAAUGCGUAAGAUUCGCGGCAAUCAUUAUUUUGACACUCCAUGGAGGUAUUUUGGGGAGUCUCAAGACCAUUUGCAUCUUAUUGAAGUUUGUGACCCCUGCAACACUCACUUCAGUGUUUAUGGGAUGAAGAAAGACUACUCUGAGUGGUUUUUGAAUUACUCUGUUGAUCUUGAUGAUCUUCUAACAACAUUUCCUGAGAUGACACGAUGUAACCCAAAUUCAGUGUCCUUUGAUCGUUAUGAUUUCUCUAUACUCUCUCUACUUCGGGGAGAAAAAGAUGAGGAGUCAUAUUUGGUAUUGUACAUUCCUGGUAAGGCCAUACGUUACAAUCUUGUGAAUGGGACUUUCUGGAAACUCUGUGAUAUUGAGACAAUGACCGGAAAGCAGUCUUUGCACCAUCAUGGAUGGCCUGAUGUUUAUGAAUACAUUGAGUCUCUUGCUUCUGUUUGA